AUGACACGCUCACCGCAGGUGUCAGCCGGGUCUCGCGCCACAAUUCAUCCAAACAGCGGCGACGAGCCAUCAACCUCACUUCCCUGCCAAGGGCAUGGCUACGGUCGCACGGGCAAUGAGCCUUUCCAAAGGCCAGCACUGCGUCCCAAACGAAAUGGCAACGCAUUGGCACUCGCCAGCCAGCCGGGCUUUGCCGUGUCGCCAUCGGAAGUCGUCUCGUCCGAGGAGGAGAUGGCCAACCAAACUAGCUGCGAAAUCCUCCUGACAUCCUGCUUGAUCUUCACAGCCAUAUGCUGCCUGCAAGGGAACUUGACCACGGCGCUGGUCCAUUUGCGCAACGGGCAGAAACUGUUCCAUCAGUGGAAGAAUGCGAGCCGGGGCAUGCGGGCCAACGGUCUCAUUGAUGUCAGGGCCUUUGUUGCCUUGUUAAGCCGGCUCUGCACACAGACGAUUGACCUGCGAAACGCACCGUGGGAGGACUGGGACAUUGCCGGGGCGGCGCUGGCAGAGCUUUCCCCGGAGCCGUAUACUUCACCAGUCCAGGCUUACCUCGAAUUCGAACCUAUAUGCAACGGCUUCAUGGAACUUCGGCACAGGGGACAGCUGACUCUCCACGAGGGGCAGCCCGGUCCGGCAAAGGAGCUUCGUCACGCCUACCAACAAGCUCUCGCUGCUUGGGCUGCAAAGUUUACCCAUCUUCAAACCUCAGAGGCUCUCUCCGCAAACGAUUUCGAGGGAAUUUUGAUCUUGGAGGCACGCUAUUUGUCGUUUUAUAUCGACCUCAACAGGGAUCCAGAGUCUGAGAUGCACUGGGACGCAUUCCAGGCCGAGUUUGCUAGAAUUGUCCACUUGGCUGAGCGCGUCUGUCAGAUAUCAGGCCAGGAUGAGCCGUCAAACCAGCGUACACGCGGGAUGCUGGCGACUCGCGUCUUUGCAUUCUCCUCGUCGGGAAUGGAUGCCGUGUUCACCGUCGCCAGGUACUGUCGACACCAUGCCACCCGCCCCAGGGCUCUCCAUCUUCUCCAAAAUUGGUCCAUCAAAGAGGGCAUUUGUGAUACCAAGAUAGCCUCCGUCGUAGCCGCCGGCCUCACAGCAGUAGAGGAGGGGCCCGGGAAAACAAAUUCUCUGCACGACAGGCCACCGGGAUGCGAAUGCGACGGUGUCUUCAUAUGCCAUGAUGAUCGGAUCAAGGUGGUUGCGGGCGAGUUUGUCGAGGACGGGAAAGUAGCAAUGAUGGCGAGAACAGUGAGAGACGUGAGGCUAGGGCUUCCAGGGACGUUUAUUCCAGUGUCAUGGUGA